CGCCCGCCCCGCCGGGCCAGUCGCCACCGGGAGCCGCGGCGCAGCCCGGUGCGGGAAAUCUCCAUCCCGGAGAGGAAACCUCCGUCCCGGAGCGGAACAUCAUCUCCGCCCCGGUGCGGUACAUCUCUAUCCCUGUGCGGUGUGGGACAUCUCCAUCCCGGGGCGGGAAGACUCCAUCCCGGUGCGGCGCGGGACGUCUCCAUCCCGGCUCGGCGCAUCCCGGUACGGGAUAUCCCGAUGGAGACGGAGGGUUACCGGUGCCGUAGCAGCCGGUACAUCGAGAGCGGGCAGUCGGCGGUGCCUAGCUCGCUGCUGUUCGCCGCCGGGCUUCUGGGCAAUGUGCUGGCCUUACUGCUGCUGGGCCAGCACCGACGGCGCUCCCGCUCCUCCGGCGGCCGCCCGCCGCGGGUCUCGGCUUUCUACGUGCUGGUGAGCGUACUGGCUGUCACCGACCUGCUGGGCAAGUGCCUGGUCAGCCCCAUCGUGCUGGCUGCCUACGCCUACAACCGCAGCCUCAGCGAGCUGGGACCCGGCGGUCGCACCGAGGGCGAGCCGGGUAUCCUCUGCCAGCUCUUCGCCUUCUUCAUGGCCUUCUUCGGGCUGGCCCCUACCUUGCUGCUGCUCGCCAUGGCUCUGGAGUGUUGGCUGUCCCUCGGGCACCCUUAUUUCUACCGGCGGCACCUCACCCGGCGGCUGGGCGCGACGCUGGGGCCGGCGGCCGCGGGGCUGUGCGCCUUGUUCUGCGCGCUGCCGUCGCUGGGCUUCGGCGAGCCCAUGCAGUACUGCCCGGGGACGUGGUGCUUCAUCCGCAUGGCCGGCGGAGGGCCGCGCCAGCUCGGCUUCCCCGUCCUCUACGCCACGCUCAUGGGCUUCUUGGUGUUGGCCAUCGGCGCCUGCAACGUGAGCAGCAUGCGGCACCUCUACGGCAUGGCCCGGCGGCAGCCCCCACGGGGCGCGCCCCCCGCCGCCGCCCCGCGCAUGGAGGAGCUCGACCACCUCAUCCUGCUGGGACUCAUGACCGUCCUCUUCACCGUCUGCUCUCUGCCGCUCAUCAUCCGGGCGUACCUGGGAGCCUUCGCCGCCGAUUUCAACGAGGACGCCGACCUCAGCGCCCUGCGCUUCCUCUCGGUGAACUCCAUCGUGGACCCCUGGGUCUUCAUCAUCUUCCGCACCUCCGUGUUCCGCACGUCCGUCCGCAGGCUCUGCCGGAGGCUGCACUCCCGGAAAGCCACCCCGAAAGGGCCCGGCCCGGGGGAGGACGGUCAGUUCUGCCCCCUGGGCUGGCGCAGGACGCACGCCCCGCAGCUCGGCUUCCCCUGAGCCCCUGGCUAUUGGCAGAAGCCGGUGGCGGCUGCUGGUGGUGAGGAUGAUGAGGGAGAGAAGCCUUUGGCCCCGCGGCCCUGCCCCGCAGCACCCCGCGGCUGUCGCAGGAGGGGACGGCGUCCAGCUGGCAGCGAGGAGCAGGGGUGAGGUGUUUCUGCUCCCUCCCGGGAGUUUCGCCCCGGGGAGGAAUCGGGGAGGCCCCCGGGAACCCGCAGAUGUUUGUGAGCAGCGGCGCUUUGUGAAGGGUGUGGGGAGCGCCCAGCUCCAGGAAAGCAGGAGGCGGUUGGUGUGUGGCUUCAGAGCAGCGGGGACACACAGGAAGGAGAGCUCUGUGUGUGUGUGUCCCCGUCAAAUAAAAGUGGUUCAGAGCCCUGCUCCAUCGCCUCGUCCUGUGCACCAUCCCCUUCCACGCCAGGCAGGGAUAUCCAGGGCUGGUUUGAGGUGUCUUCUCCCCUGGGAGAGGGGAGGGUGAGAGAGCCUUUGGGGAUGUAGAGGAUCAGAGUCUUGAGCAGCAGCUCACAGCUGCGUUGAGGAGCUGCAACCUUCCUGGGACACCCAUCAUCCCUCCCUGGGAUGUCCAUUGUCCCUCUCCAGAACACCUCCUCCUCCCUGGGAUACCCAUCAUCCCUCCCCAGCACACCCAUCCCUCUCCAGUAUACCCAUCAAUCCCUCUCCAGCACACCCACCCCUCCCUGGGAUGCCCGUUGUGCCUCCCCUAACCCCUUUUAGCCUGAGUAAGGCUGUGGUUUCUCCACUGUGGCUUGCCUUUGUCUUGAAAAUUGAUUCCUCCAAGCUCUAACACUGGAUUUAUAUUACUCAGAUGGAUACCUGUCCUGCUGUAAUUGUUUUAAUUCAGUGCUUAUG